AUGCCUCCGAUCAAGCUAAAGCUCAACCUCGCCGCCGCCAACGCAGCUGCUGCAGCGGCCUCUCCCGCAGCAGGCUCCAGCAAGCAUCGCGCAGGCAGCGAGGUCCGUACGUCGGGGGCGAACAGCCAUGGCUAUGGGUCACGGUUGGGCUCCGUCAGCCGUGACGAGGACGACUACGCAAGCGGCCCAGCAGCUUCCCCGGCCGCGAUCCGUCUCACUUUGCCAGCUGUUGCUGCAUCUGCCAAACCUCUCUCCAAUACAUCCUCUGCGGCAUCGUCCAGCGUCCCAACACCUAGUGGUAGUCCGUUCUCCACUCCAGGCCCCAGCGGCGAUGCCAAUCCACCAAAACGCAAGCGCGGACGCCCUCCAAAGGCUCGUCCGUCUGCCAUUCCUGCACACGUCGUCGCCACUCCGCGCUCCGCUCGCUCGCCGCCAACGGGCUGGACCACACCGGGCUCUGACGUCGAUGUUAAGCUUGAGCAUCAAGACUAUGACAUGGACCCGUUGUCCUUGCCUCUGAGUCCAUCGGCGGCGGCGACACCCUGGGGCAGCGCAGUGACCACUCCUGGGUACCGUGAAGGAAGCGCAGAUACGCCCCGCCAAGCAAAGUGGAAACGUAUCAAGCGGCCAUUCAAGGACCUUGCAAGCAAAGUGCUCCAGGAAAUGCGUCGCAAGGAUGAGUAUGGAUUCUUCCUCGAGCCUGUCGACACCAGCGAGUACCCCGACUACCUGGAGCGAAUUGGCGGCGCAGACAAGAUGAUGGAUCUGGGAACGAUGCAGAGCAAGGUUGACGAAGGAGAAUACCGCAACAUUGACGAGCUUGAGGUCGACUUCCGGAUGCUGGUCACUGCCGCGCUCGCGUUCAACCUCCCCGGCACUGCACCUGUACGCGAGGCCAACAAGCUCUUCAACCACGGUAUCAAGCAUAUCAACCGCGCUCGCCCACUCGUUCUCACGCCGUCCCCAUCUCCUUCACCCAACAAGUACAAUUCCGCGCUCCCAGACUCUGAGCGAGGCACGCCGAAUCCAGGUGGCAAGCAAAAGGAACUCCCACCGUCCAAGACCAUCCCCGUCGACAUGCUCGCCUUUCCUCCCAAUUCGUUACAAGCCGCUGCUGUCGCUUGGAACCUCACGGGAGGAAGGCGCGUGCGUGCCAAGCGCUUUGUACGUGGGCGUGAGAAAUUCAUUGGCAAAUGGCGGGACUGGGCCCCCGACGGCAGUCGCGACAUCGCCGAGAUGGACGACCCCGCCGACAUUCUCGAAGGGUGGGCAACCAAGCCUGGAACACGCUGGCGUGACGUAGUCGACUGGCCCAGCAUUCACGAGGAGGCAGGCGCGUGGUGGGAGUGGGAAGGCAUCGGCGGCGCCACCGGCCAGCCUCCAUUGCCCAACUCGGAACGUGUCAAGCGGCCGCCCUUGCGCACGCGCGAGUUGACCUGGGACGACUUUGGACGCUAUGCCGACACUGAACCCGAGUUCCAGAAGCAGCUGGCAGCAGCCAAGGAGGAGCAACAGCAGCAACCCGACUCGUCAACCGGCGUCGACCCGAUGGAGCCCAUUAUGGACGAGCUACGUCCAGAUGCACAGCGCCCUCUGGUCAUUCCACCUGGCUGGCCCGCACAGACGUUUGCAAAUGUCUACGACGGCCCUUCGGCUGGCGAAUAUGUUCGCAACAUGGCGUUUGGUGAUGCCCGCGGCGAGGCAUACAAUGCCAGCGUGCAGCAGUUCCUCUCUGGCGCAAUGGAGGGCGCCGCCAAGCGCAGGCAGGAGGGCGCCAGCCCACGCGACGACGAGAGCCAACAGAAGGCCACUCAAGCUGUGGGCGAGUACGUUACACGUAAAUGGCACAACGGUGUACUCUCGUCCCGCGUGGGCGACAUUGCUCGGCAGACUGUCAACCUUCUGUCAUCCGUCGCUGCCGGCCCGGCCGUUUCCGAAAAUGUCAACGCCGAGCAUCGUCUCGACGUCACAGGCCAACCUCUACCCAGACUCUCAGGUCCUGAGCUCUUCGCAAAGGCCCAAAAUGAUUAUGCGUACCUCUCCAUGCGCGCACUCUCGUCCCCGCUCAACCCGCUCAACCUCCAGCCCCUCCUCCGCGAACCGUCCGAUUUCAUGUACCAGGGCGUGGGGGGCAAACAGGGCGUUGUUGAGGCUCUGGCUUGGGUCGGCGGUGAGAUUGAGCGGCUGGCAAGUGUGCAGAAGGAGGCAAGGGAGCAAGCCACUAGGUCCAACGCGCCCAAGGUUGAGAUCAAGCCUGAAGUUAAGGCUGAGGCUGAGGUUAAUGGCGGAACGCACAUCGAUGGCGAUGAUACCAAAGUUGAUGCCUCCGUCGAUACGGUCCAGCCGGAACGUGGCACCAAGCGCCGGUUCAGCAAUCCCGACGAGCCUGAGGCGAAACGUCACAAAACCGACACACCGGACAUGUCGUCCCCCGACGAGGCGGCACUCUCGACAGCUGGCGCUGCCCUAGAGGCAGGUGUCACUGCACCUUCCUCGAAUGGUGCUGCCGCGCCACAGCCUGCGUCCGCAGAGGCCACGCCGACCGUCAACGGUGACGUCAAGAUGGAAAAUGAGCCUCCGCUCGCGCCCACUGUUGUCCUUGGGGACCCCAUGUCAGUCGAGGACAAGCCCGUCACCGUCGCACCUGCGCCCUCGGUGUCCGCCACAUCGGAUGUUGGCCCGGCUCCAGGGGAUCAUGCACCCCCUGUGACGACUACGCCCAUUGCCGCCUCGGCUACUCCAAUUGUUGGCCCGACGCCGACGGCUAUCCCAGCACAGCCUCCAGUCCCAGUGCCCGCCGCUGGCACGGCCGCAGACGCCAAACCCGCCGUGGACGACGAAGACGGCCUGCGCCAACUGCGCCUCGAACUCGUGGCCUUGUCCAAGUUCUACCCGCUUGCCUCGCUCAAGAAGAUGGACAAGGACGACGCUGCGCGUCUCUUGCCUGCCAAUGUGCGUGCAUUGAUGACUAGGCCUGGUCCUUGA